AUGUAUAUCAAGCAAAUCAUCAUCCAAGGCUUCAAAAGCUACAAGGACCAGACGGUCAUCGAGCCCUUCUCCCCCAAGACCAACGUCAUCGUUGGCCGCAAUGGAUCCGGAAAGAGUAACUUCUUCGCGGCGAUGCGCUUCGUCCUCAGCGACGCAUACACGCAGAUGAGUCGUGAAGAGCGCCAGGGCCUUCUCCACGAGGGCUCGGGCUCGGCCGUCAUGUCGGCCUAUGUCGAGAUCAUCUUUGACAACAGCGACGACCGAUUCCCGACCGGAGGCAAGGAAGUCGUGCUGCGACGCACAAUCGGCCUGAAGAAGGACGAAUACUCCGUCGACCGCAAGGUCGUGACCAAGACAGACGUCACAAACCUGCUGGAGGCGGCAGGCUUCUCGCGUUCUAACCCCUACUACAUCGUCCCUCAGGGCCGCGUCACCGCCUUGACAAACAUGAAGGAGUCUGAGCGGCUAAACUUGCUCAAGGAAGUUGCGGGUACGCAAGUUUACGAAGCCCGCCGCGCCGAAUCUCUCAAAAUCAUGACGGAGACGAACAACAAGCGAGAAAAGAUUGACGAACUUCUCGAGUAUAUCAAGGAGAGACUGGCGGAGCUCGAAGAGGAAAAGGAAGAGCUGCGCGGCUUUCAGGAGAAGGACCGAGAGAGGAGAUGCCUGGAAUACGCAUACCACCACCGAGAGCAGACCACGGUCCAGGCGGCCCUCGAGGAGAUCGACAAUGCUAGGCAAGACGGCCUGGAAAGCACAGAUUCGAGCCGCGCGCAGUUCCUAGCGGGCGAAAAGGCGAUUUCCAAGAUCGACGCCGAAAUCCACAAGCUGCAGAGGGAGCUGGAGCUUCUGCAAAUUGACCGACGCCAGCAGGAAGAGGAUAGGCGUGACAAUGCGAAGUUGCUGGCCAAGGUGGAGCUCAAGGUGAAGAACCUGAGGGAAGGACAGUCUGCACUAGAACAGGCCCGGGUGCAACAUGACUCCGAACUCGCCUCCGUGCAGAAAGAGAUCAAGGCCAAGGAAAAAGAGCUGGCUCAGCUCCUCCCCCAAUACAACCAGGCGAAGAAGCAAGAAGACGAAGCCAGAAGGCAGCUAGAUGCCGUCGAGGCAUCACGAUCACGUCUCUUCGCAAAACAGAGCCGCGGCUCCAGGUUCAAGAACAAGGCCGAGCGCGAUGCCUGGCUCAGGCAAGAAAUUCAGGAACUCAACCUGACCAUUAGCACACAGAAAGCAAACAAGCUGGAUGCCGAUGAGGAGGUUGCCAGAAUCCAGAGCGCAAUCGAACAGGGCGAGAGAGAAAUUGCAGAGCUGCGCUCGCGUCUGGCCAAUUGGAGUGGCGACAGGGGCGAGGUCGUGGACCAAGCUGCCCGGGCACGAGCGACACUGGACAAGUUGAAUGACGAACGAAAGCUGAUCCGCCGAGAGGACGACAAACUGAACUCUGUAAUCUCCAACGCCCGGCAAGAGAAGGAGCAGGCUGAGCGCGAAUUGGCCCAGGCAGUGGAUGGGGCCACUGCUCGCGGCUUGGCUACCAUUCGCCGGCUGAAGCAGGAACAGGAUAUCCCCGGUGCCUACGGAACGCUGGCAGACCUGCUGGAUGUCAGCGACGCAUAUCGACUGCCCGUCGAGCAGAUUGCCGGCGCCAGCUUGUUCCACUAUGUCGUGGACAAUGCCGACACGGCCACCUAUCUCGCGGACACCAUGUACAAGCAGCACGGUGGCCGAGUCACCUUCAUGCCGCUGGCGCAGCUUCGCCCUCGCAAAGUGAACUUUCCAAACUCCAAUGAUGCAGUCCCCCUCCUGAACAAGAUCAAGUACGACCCCAAGUUUGAGAAGGCCUUCCAGCAGGUUUUCGGAAAGGUUGUCGUGUGCCCCAACCUUGCCGUGGCUGCGCAGUAUGCCAGGAGUCACGGCGUGGAUGGUAUCACCGCAGAAGGCGACACAACCAACAAACGAGGUGCCAUGACCGGUGGUUACAUCGAUCCCCGGAAAUCACGGCUGGAAGCCGUACAGGCUGCCAACAAGUGGAGGGAAGAGUACGAACGGCUUACGGAACAAUCGCACAACAUUCGCAGACAGAUCGAGCUCAAGGACCAGGAGAUUACCGCCGCAAUGUCUGAAGUCCAGAAGCUUGAGCAGAGGCUCCGACAGGCUGAAGACGGCUUCGAGCCGCUCAAGCACGAGCUCCGAAGCAGGUCUGCCCACAUUGAGAACGAGAGGAACCGUCUCGAGGCGGCCAUCAGGAGGCGAGAUGCAGUCGAAAAGAACAUGAAUGGAUUCUUGGAGGAAGUUGCAGCUCACGAGGCCGAGUUGGGCACGGAAUUCAAGAAGACACUGACGGCUGCCGAGGAACGCGAGCUUGAAGGGUCGAGCCGCGCAGUCCAGGAAUUGCAGAAGCAGUGGAAUGAGCUUAGCAACACCCGCAGGGGCCUGGAAAGACAGAAGCAGCUGCUGGAGAUUGACCUGCGGCAGAAUCUUCAGAUGAAGCUGGACCAGCUCAACAGCCAAGCAUUUGAAAACUCGGCGGUUGGCGGUGCGUCUGGUGGCCUUAAGGAGGCCGAGCGAGAGUUGAAGAAGGCGCAGAAGGCCCUGAAGGCUGUCGAGGCCGACCUGAGCCAGACCGAGGCCCAGAUCGACGAGCUCAAUUCUCGCCUGGAGCAGCUCGAGUCUGAAAAACUCCACCUUGAGCAGAACCAGCUGGAAAUCUCCCACCGAAUCGAGAAACAGCAGAAGAGGAUGGAGAAGACGCUGCAGCGCAAGGCUCUGCUGACCGCCCAGGCCGCGGAAUGCGCAAAGAACAUUCGGGAGCUGGGAGUCUUGCCCGAGGAGGCUUUUGACAAAUACGAGAAUAUGCAGGCCAAUACGAUUGCCUCAAAACUCAAAAAGGUCAACGAAGCACUGAAAAAGUACAAGCACGUCAACAAAAAGGCCUUUGAGCAGUACAACAACUUCACGACGCAGCAAGAGCAGUUGAUGAAGCGCCGGAAAGAGCUGGACGACUCUCAGGGAUCCAUCGAAGAGCUCGUGGAGCACCUCGACCGGCGCAAGGACGAGGCCAUUGAGCGUACCUUCAAGCAGGUGUCCAAGGAGUUUACCACCAUUUUCAGCAAGCUUGUGCCGGCCGGCCACGGCCGUCUGGUUAUCCAGAGGAAGACGGAUCGUCGUCAGGAACCCGAAGAAUCAGACGAAGAGGCCCGAGGCAGUGUUGAGAACUACAUUGGAGUUGGCAUCAGCGUCUCCUUCAACUCGAAGCAUCUCGAUGAGCAGCAAAAGAUUCAGCAGCUCAGUGGUGGUCAAAAGAGUCUAUGCGCUCUCUGUCUCAUCUUUGCGCUGCAGCAAACCGAAAGCAGCCCCAUGGUCAUCUUUGACGAAGUCGACGCCAACCUGGAUGCGCAGUACCGAACCGCCGUCGCCUCGCUUCUCGAGUCCAUCUCCAACGAGGCCGGCACGCAGUUUAUCUGCACCACGUUCCGACCCGAGAUUGUUCACAUUGCAGACAAGUGCUAUGGCGUGACGUUCCGUAACAAGACGAGUUCCAUCAACUGCGUCAGCACGGAGGAUGCUCUCAACUUUGUCGAGGGCCAGGCCAAGCCAAACUAA